AUGGCCAGACAAGAUUUGAAUGGACCGCCAAAGCGCGCUGCUCCCAUCAGCGCAUCCGCCUUUGCUUUCUCAUUCAGCACCCCGAAGAACAAGAAACCUAAAGUCAAUCAUACCAAUACCAUCACCCCUCUUUCUUCGAUCCCAAACCCGACACAAACACCUUCCAAUGUCAAGAAAGAAUGGUCGACUCCCAGGCCACCUACCUUCACUGCUCGACAGGUCUCUCAUACAUCCAUCAAAGCAUUGAACGUCGAGCAAGACGAACAUCAAUUGUUGAAUGGUAUACCUAAACCAUUCGAAACACCUCUUCGAGGAGCAUCAACCUACAAGCCAUUAACAGCUUUCACAACCCCUCUGACCCACCAACCCAAGUUGGGUGACCCCGGACCUUCUUCUUCUUCAAAAGUACUUCGUCCCCUACACGAGCGAAUUGGUGAUGUGACACCUGUCAAGGGGAAAGAAAAGGAAUCCGAAUUUGAAUCGAAACCGAGGUUCGCAUUGCAUGAAACUCUUCUAUCAGGUAAAACCGCUGGAGAUAUCCUUAUCAAAAAGAAAUUGACUUUGAAAGAUGAAGAUGAAGGAUUGGGUGUAUCUCCGAGAGGAAAGAGGAUAGCUAAGUGGAGUGGGAAUGGACCACCACCGCCAUCUGUAAAUCUGGCCAAUCUCCUAUCAUCUUCCAACGCUUCUCUUCAUCUAUUCUACACUUCGAUGCAACAUCUUCUGUAUCCCUCACAACGCGGAAAUACCUCUCUCGUUCGCUCUCGUCAAACCACUAGUGAUAAUACCAAUCUUACCCCUUUACAGCACAUUGAGAACUCGGCUUCAAUCCGACUGAAAAUCGUUGAUCCAGUGCAAGGACCUACUCAUCAUUCCACUAUGUUCUGGUGUGAACCUAUAAAAUGGCAUAAUGGUUCCAUCCCCACUCGACAUAUACCAGUAAUUUUCCAGCCACUUCCUCACGAAUGUCCUAAAUUAGGUGUGGAUCCUAGAUUGUUGGCGAUGAAGAUGAAGGAUGAAGCGGGAAAGCAAUGGCAGGCAGGUGUAUGGGCUUGGGCUGAGGUGGAUUUGCCAUUGGGAGUGGAGAAGUUUAGGAAAGGUGGAGACGAUCAGGAAGGAAAUGAUAAGGAGGGAGAAGAGGAUGAAACUAUGAAGCCACUUUCAGCACUAAUCGUUUCGAGAUAUUUGAUCGUAGAACAACCUGUUGUAUAG